ACCCCGCUCGGCUCGAUUCGGCUCGGGCUGAGGGCGGCGCGCAUGCGCGGCGCCGGCAAGGCGCAUGCGCAGUGUGCGGCGGCGCCACCAUGAACCCCCUGACGAAGGUGAAGCUGAUCAACGAGCUGAACGCGCGGGAGGCGGAGCUGGGCGUGCAGGAGGCGGUCUCGUGGCACGCGGAGUACAAGGACAGCGCCUGGAUCUUCGUCGGCGGGCUGCACUACGAGCUGACGGAGGGGGAUGUCAUCUGCGUGUUCUCGCAGUAAGUGCCGCAGCCCCCCCGCCCCGGGCCCCCACCGUGCCCCUGCCGCUGCCUGGGGUGCUGAGAGUGUGUUGCAGGUACGGGGAGGUCGUCAAUAUUAACUUGGUGCGGGACAAGAAGACCGGCAAGUCGAAAGGCUUUUGCUUUCUGUGCUAUGAGGACCAGAGGAGCACCAUUCUCGCUGUUGACAACUUCAAUGGGAUCAAGAUCAAAGGAAGGACGAUUCGAGUGGACCACGUGGCCAACUAUCGGCCCCCCAAAGACUCCGAUGACUUAGACGAGGUGACAAAAGCCCUCCAUGCAAAGGGUUGUGGAGUUAAAACGCCACCUCAUACGUCAUCCGAUUCCCUGUCGGAAGAUGAUGAUGUGCCCGUAAAAAAGCAAAAAGAAAAGGAGAAAAGUAGACAGGAGCGGCAAAAGCAGAGCUUGCAGGCUGUGAAGAGGGCGGUGGCCGCAGAGGAGGCACACCCCAGGAUCAAGAUUAAGAAGGAGAAGGAGGACCCGGCCUACGACCGCUACGCCAGUGGGAGCCAGCAGCCCUGGAAGGGCUCCGAGGGGAAGCCUGUGAGCAGGACGCAGCGAGACGAGGAAGAGCGGAGGCACCAGAGGCCUUUGGAGAGAAGAGGGGAAAAGAGCUGCCAGGACCAGAGGGGACAAAGCGGUUUGUGGGAAGAGAGGGAGAAGAGAGAGGAGGCUGGCAGGAAGGGUGACGGGCACAGCGCCCGGCGAGAAGAGCCUCCCGAGGGAGGCAGAUCCCGGGAGCGCUGGGAGCCCCAUCCCAGGCACAGGGAGCGGGGCUCCGCGAGAGGCUCCAGCCGCUGCUGAGCCCUGGGGCCAGCGCUCAGGAGGACCAAAAGCCUGCCCAAAAACCUGCUCCGAGCCUCCUUGGGGCACAGCUGGGGGGCACCGCGGCUGGACUGUUCACCUCCAACAGCUUCCACUUGGUUCCUCAUUCCAUCCUCGGACGGGGCUCCCCUUGCUGCCCGUGCUGCGGACUGGGACGCGAGGGUUUUUUUGCCUCCUCCAGCCCUUUUUGCGGCGUUGGACGCACGCUGCCGCGUGAAGAUGGUCGCUGGGAGUGGCAGGAUGCUCUUCUUCCCAAAAUUGCCCAGUUCUGUCAGUCCUGGUGGAGGGUUUCCCCACUCUUGGGCUGCAGGGAGAGAGUGGUGGGCGUUUUGUCGGCUCCACGUGCCAGCUUUGGGCCCUGAGCCCACCCAGUGCCUCUCCGGGCUGCUGGGCUGGAUCUCCAGAGCCGCGCUGCUGCCUGGGGGCCACUUACUGUUGGAACGCCUCUGAAUAAAAGUUACCUGUGAACCAGAA